UUCAUUAGUUCGUUUGACAUUGUCAAGAUGGCUGCGGCCGUAACGAGCCGCUUGACUACUGCUAUCUGCAGACAAUUUCAACGUUUUGUUAAAGUGUCUUCACACACACAGCCUCAAUAUGCGACCCAAGCGCUGUCCACAUUUCACUCGUGUCAACAAAGACAAAUGUAUGACUCGUGGUGGUUCAGAAGUCCCAUGAAUAACAGAGCACUCCACACAUCUUGUGUUAGAAAAGGAUUGGAAGAAUUUUUUGACCUGCCAGAGAACUGGGGGGAACUUACAGUUAAAUCAGGUGCUCCAUGGACUGCCAAACAGCUUAGGGUGAAAAGUAAUGAAGACUUGCACAAACUUUGGUAUGUUCUCUUGAAGGAAAAGAACAUGUUACUCACUUUAGAACAGGAGGGUAAACGACAGUGUGUUCAGAUGCCCAGUCCAGAACGCAUCAAAAAGGUUGAAAAGUCAAUAAUGCGUCUUGACACUAUUGUGAAAGAACGUGAGGAUGCUCUGCGCUUACUGCAGACUGGACAAGAGAAAGCUAGACCAGGCGCAUGGCGAAGAAAUGUCUUUGGCAAAACCUUCUGGUACCGCUUCUUGGAACACCCAAUCCCCUGGCACCUUAAUUCGAGAUACAAAAGGCGCCGAUUCUUUGAACCAUCACAUGUCGCCCCUUACACGAGGUUAAGCCUUGAAAAAUACCUGAAGAAUAAAAUGCGGAAAGAAAAAAAAGAAAAGAGAAACCAAAAAAAGCUAUCAGCAAUGUUUCCAAAAAAGACUGCACAUGCAUGAGAUCAUUGAAAAGGCUUUUCGCAUUUAAUAUUGUCUUUUCAACACACAAUACUUUUUUCAUUUCUCAGAAAAUGUUGUACAGUCAAAUAAUAAAUCCAAACUUGGAACAGAGA